AUGGUAAACAUUGUCAUUCAAACUGUCACCGGUCAGGCUUUACAGGUGUCAAGUAUUGAUUUCCACAAAUCAAAGAAUGGAUCUGAUCAUCACACCUGGGAGUACGAGGUCAAUGACCUUGUGGUUAGAAGGGGGAAGGUGUUCUCAAUCACCAUCAGCUUUGAUAGGGAUGUUGAUGUGGAGACUGAUUCACUAGUUGUACAGUUAGCAUUUGGCAGUCGCCCUCAAGAAAGCAAAGAGACAUUGUUACGGUUAAAAUUAAAUUUGGAAGGAAAGAACAAGGUGUCCACAAAAGCUAGUCAGUGGUCAGCUGGAGUUCAUAAAGUGGACAGGACCAAUCUUGAAGUUCAAAUAUUUUCUCCAGCUAAUGCACUAGUAGGAAAAUAUGGUCUGUUUAUAGAAACGAUGGUUGGCAAGGAUGAAAAGACACUGAGAAGAUAUGAGUCAGAGGACGAAGAGAUUUAUCUCCUCUUCAACCCAUGGUGUGAAGCUGAUGUAGUGUACAUGUCUGAUGGAGAUGACAGGUACGAGUAUGUCCUCAAUGAUCACGGGAGGAUCUGGGUGGGAUCAGCAUCUAACAACAAUGGAAGACCCUGGUAUUUUGGCCAGUUUGACAACCCAGUACUGGAUGCAGUUUUGUUACUGAUGGACAGAGCUGAGAUAGGAGAUGCUGCAAGGAGAAGUCCCAUCUCUUUUGUCAGGACAGUAUCUGCCCUGGUAAACAGCAAUGAUGAUGAUGGUGUUUUGGAAGGAAGGUGGACGAAGAAAUACCCCAAGGGUUCUCACGUUCCGUGGUCAUGGUCUGGCAGUGUUAGAAUUCUACAAGAGUUCAUGCAGCACAACAAACCUGUCCAGUUUGGUCAGUGCUGGGUGUUUUCAGGCCUGGUCACUUCAUUGCUUAGGGCCAUUGGGAUCCCUACACGGUGUGUCACAAACUUUGAGUCAGCACAUGAUAGGGACAGCAGUAUGACAAUUGACAGCCAUUUUGAUGAAGAUGGGGAGCCACUCACUUGGAUGAAUGACUCAGUUUGGAAUUUUCAUGUAUGGAACGAGUCUUACUUCCGACGUUUGGACCUCCCUGACGGCUAUGAUGGAUGGCAGGCACAUGAUGCAACACCUCAAGAAGUUAGUGAAGGUGUAACGAGGUGUGGCCCUGCACCUGUGAAAGCUGUCAAGGAAGGCCAUGUCUACCUGAAUUAUGACGUGGCUUUCAUCUUUAGUGAGGUGAAUGGCGAUAAAGUCACUUGGAAGGUUCUUCCAAAUGAUGAAAUGAUUGUGAUGGACAUCAACUCCCACGCUAUUGGCAAACACAUCAGCACCAAGGCAGUUGGAAGCAACUUCAGACAUGAUCUCACUCUGGACUAUAAGUAUCCAGAAGGCUCGUUGGAAGAGAAAAAAGUUGUAGAGUUUGUGCACCAACACAGCAGCAGGGCUGGAUUUCACAUCUACGGUGAACGAGAAAAGGAUAUUGACCUUCACCUUGUCACGCCCAGUUCUGCAAGUAUCGGGGAGAACUUCCAGAUUGUAUUACGAAUGAAAAAUAAAUCUAAAGAAGACCAUCAGAUUGAGGGUAGAGUCACUGUACUGAGCAGUUUCUACACUGGCGUUCCAGACAAGAGAAUCAAGAGUACAAAAUAUGAUGUGGAAGUUACUGCAGGGGAAGAAAAUGAUCUUAUCUUGGACAUUGUGUGUGAGGACUACAUGAACAAGCUGAACCCUGAAGCCACCAUGAUAGUGUAUGCCUCUCUCAAUGUCAAGGCCACCAAGCAACAGUUUGCCCUUUCAGAGCCCUUCAGCCUCUCCAAACCUUCAUUGGACUUCACUAUCCCAGAUGUGAUUGUUGCUAAGCAACAAGUGACAGGUACAGUGAGUUUCACUAACCCACUGGAGGUCAGCUUGACAUCAGCUACUAUCUGCUUAGAUGGGACUUCAAUCAUAUCAGAUCAAGUGCACCCACUAAAGAAAGCCAUAAAACCAGGAGAAAAAGUUUCCUUUGAUUUCACCAUCUGUCCACGAAGACAAGGGUUGUGUGAGAUCGAGGCUACGCUGACAUCUGAUCAGUUAAGUGGCGUGGAUGGAAGUGUGGAGUUUAUUGUCCAGCCUGCUGACCAGAAGAAACAAUGA